UCACCCUAAAUAAUAAUUUAUAGUGAAGAACUAACUGUUUUGGUUUUAAUUUUAUUAUUAAAAUUAAAAUAAACAAAUACUUUGAAGCUUAUUGUGGAACAUUUAUGUGUUUCUGUUGAUCCCGAACCGAAAGUAAGGAUUAAUCAUAAGAGAUCUUGCCGCUAUGACUAAUGCAACUAUACAGGAGAUAGAAGGCAUCGAUGACUACUGGGGCCCAGCCUUUAGAUCUGUGUAUGAAGGAGAAGGUGGACAUGAAGCCUUUGUGCAGCAACUGGAUGAAAGGAUUCAGCAGCAUGACAAGGAGAUUGAGAAGCUAUGUAAUUUUUACUAUCAGGGUUUCAUCGACUCAAUCAGAGAGUUACUACAAGUGCGAUCGCAUGCAGAAGAGUUACAUGCAGAAAUAUCUAAUGUAGAUGCAAAUGUUAAAGAAUCUACUGAGAGUUUAUGUACAAGGGCUGAGGAGUUGAUCAGGGCGCGACGUGUAGAGCUCAACAUAGCGGCAACCAUAGAGAAGAUGGAACUGUGUCUCCCGCUGCUCACUACCUAUUCUAAACUCAAGACACAAGUUGAGGCUAAAAGAUACUAUCCCGCUCUAAAAACUCUGGAACAACUAGAGCAUGUAUUGCUACCGCGCGUGGGACCUUAUAAAUGGUGCGCGCAAAUCUCGUCCGACAUACCGCGCCUGCGGCAGGCGAUACAGGAUGCUUCUAUGGCGGAUCUGAGGGAUUUCUUGGAAAACAUACGCAAACUUAGCCCACAGGUUGGUGCAAUGGCUUUCAAACAAACCCAAGAGAUGCUCGGAAGAAGUUUAUCUAACAUUGUUAAAAACAAAAAAGAGUCAGCCAUGCUGGGAGUGGCCAACAAAGAAAACAGCGGCCCUCAGUGUCCACACGAGCUGGUGGACUUCAGUCCCUUGCACCGCUGUCUGCACAUACACAGCGUUCUAGGCGCUAAGAACGAUUUCGUGCAGUAUUAUAGGGCCCAACGCAAACAGCAAGCGCGCUUAGUCCUCAUACCCUCAUCUGGCAACCUUCACGACUCGAUCCAAAGCAUGAAGAGCUACCUCAACGCGGUCCUAGGCUUCUUCAUCCUGGAAGAACACCUCCUGACCGCGGGCGCUGGGCUGGUGUCCAAGGACUGGCUGCUGGACACGUGGAGCAUGGCGGUCACCAAGGUGGCUUCCACGCUGCGCACCAACACGUCCCUGAUCACCGACCCUACGCUCAUGCUGAGCAUCAAGCGGCAAAUCGUGCUGUUUAUAAACGCGCUCAAAUGCUACGGCCUCCCAACCGAUCCCCUACCACUGCUACUACAAGAAAUGGCAGAACAUUACACGGAGGUGCUGAUGCAGCGCUGGGUGGUUGUCUUCAGGGAUAUAUUGGACAACGCGAACUUCUUGCCCAUUGAGGUAGAAAAUCAAGAACAAUAUGAUGGAGUGAUGGAUCAAUUCCCUUAUGAUGGUGAUGAGUUGGAGACUCAACCUUUCCCGAGAAAAUUCCCAUUCUCAACAAUAGUCCCAGCUGUCUACGUCCAAGUGAAAGAGUUUAUAUACGCCUGGCUGAAGUACUCCGCUGGGCUCGGCUUAGGAGGCGGUCGAAGGGCGGCCGCUGCCAGGCAUUCGGCUUCCUUACUACUCAGCCGAUCCUUUACUGGCUGUCUGUCUGCGCUGUUCCGACGACCAUUGCCGCUCAUGCAGUUAGUUCAGAUAAUAGUGGACACACAGUACUUAGAGGAUGCGACGUCGUACUUGUACGAAUUUAUUAGCAACAUCACCGGCUCUGAAUUAGUUACUACCCAGGCAGCAGGCAGUAUGUUCCAAGCAGCAAGGGAUGAUGCAGAACAGCAAAUCUGUGAAAACUUGGAAAAGAAAGUCGAUGAAUUCCUCGACCUUGAAAAUUAUGACUGGUUAUUAGUGGAACCCAGUGGGCAGGCGUCUGCAUUCGUCACGGAUAUGCUCAGUUACCUGUCUGGAGUACUGACGUCUUUGGAGCAACUGCCUACGCGCGCCCGUGUAGCAGCAGUCCGAGCGGCGACUAAUCGCAUAGCAACUCGCCUCCGCAACUUACUCCUGGAUCCAGCAGUGCGUCAGAUAUCCUCGGGAGCUCUGUACCAGCUGGACCUGGACGUGAUACAGUGUGAACAGUUCGCGGCCGGGGAGCCUGUGCCGGGGCUGAAGGAAGGGGAAUUGCUGGAACAUUUCGCUAGCCUUAGGCAACUUCUAGACCUCAUCACAGGCUGGGACUGGUCCUCCUACCUUCACGACGUGGGUAUAGAAGGCGGGAAAUACGCACUAGUGACGCCCCGCGACGCCGCUACACUCCUCGAGAAGCUCAAGGAAGCCGAACAGAAGUCUUCCGUCUUCUCCGUUUUGAAGAAGAACGAGAGAGACCGACGAAAGUUGCUAGAUACCGUGCUGAAACAGCUUAAGCAACUGCAGAAUCAAGAUGGCUGAAUGUAUGGAUAGAAGACGAAGCGAAUUUGUUAGAUUUAACGUAGGUACUUAUUAUAAUCAUUGUAAAAUAAUAUUAUUUAUGAAAUAAAAUAAUUUAAAUUAA